AUGUCCUCCUACUCGUCCCUCCUCUCCGUGAGUCCCGGCGAGCAGAUCGGUGGGUAUGCGGAUGGAGGUGACCACGACGACAUGGCCGCCGCCGCCAACUACCUAUCAUCAUUCUGCUUUGAUUUCGGCGAGGAGUAUUAUUCCCUGGCGGAGGCAGCAACAGCCUCCUACCCCUUGCACGCACAGCAGCAGCAGCCGCCAACCCAGGCCGACAGCCACCAUAGCGGCAAAGCAGCAAGUACUACUAGUAGUUCACAAGGACUCGACAAUAUCAAUACGAGCUUGACGAGCAGCGACGCGAGGAGCAAAGGCAGCAAGAUCGCGUUCAAGACGAGGUCGGAGAUGGAGGUGCUGGACGACGGGUACCGGUGGAGGAAGUACGGCAAGAAGAUGGUCAAGAACAGCCCAAACCCAAGGAACUACUACCGUUGCUCCAGCGAGGGGUGCCGCGUGAAGAAGCGGGUGGAGCGGGAUCGCGAUGACGAGCGCUUCGUCAUCACCACCUACGACGGCGUCCACGACCACCUUGCGCCACUGCCGCCGCGGGGAUGUGCCGGAUACUCGCUAUCGCUCGCGCAGACGCGCGUGGACGAGGGGUCGUCGCCGCUACCCGUGCAAGGGCGCCGUUGCUUUCUUGACACCAUGAAGAUGCACGCCGCCGGUAGCCAGCAGGGCUGCACACCCGUGCCCCAGCCGCGCAAGCUAGAGCGUGAUAACUGA